UUGAGAAAUCCGUCGUUUACAUUUUAUAUUUACGUCAUUCUGAAGAUUGCUUCUCUUGUAAACAUACAGCUUGGAUCACAUUCUCCCUGAUAACCUCUUUGCUUCACCGAAAAAGUCCACUAGCGACCACCUCACUGCUUUCUCCACUGCUUCUGUAGAGGUUGUUGACAAAAUCCCAAGUCCUACAACAUCAAGUUCUGGCAACAACAACCCUUCCCUGGCUUCUCUUAACUCAUGCUUUCUACAAAUGCCAAGGAUUUCUUCUGGACACGGUGCCAUUGGCAUGUAGUUGGCUUAGGUGCAUGGCUAGCAAAGAGGGGAUUGAAUAUGUUAGGAAUAUAUUGGAAGCAUAUACAAGGUCAAGGAAGAAAAAAAAAAAUUCCUCAAGCUGUAUAUCUAAAACCAUACCCACAACAAAGGAAAAGAUCUCUAGGCAAGGUCUCAGCAAGAUCACCAUCAGCAAUCCAUACAAUACUAUUUACAAUCAAUACAUAAUGCAUAGGCAAAGGACAGAUGAACAAAUUUAUGGGAGUGGGGUCUUUUCUCUUCAUCUUCUGUGUACCCUCCCUCUAGGUAAAGUUGUCUUGGACCACAAAGCAAUAGCAGCAGGAAAAAAAACAAAGGCUAGCAGCAGUGAUAGUAACUCUUUUCUCAUAUAUAUUGUAAUUUUACUCUUUAACCCUCCUUUCUAGUGAGGUGAAAAAAAAACUAUAAAGAAAAUGAAAGUUGUAUGAAGAAUAGACCCUGGAAGUUUAAAAAGCAGUGUAGCAGGAGCAUAACUACUAUUCUGAUGCACAAACUUAAAAAGGAAAAACAGGCCAAUGACUCAGACGGGUGUUUGGGGGGGUGGUGGAGGAUGAAAGCUGUCUCAGGCACUUUUGUAAGUUUUUGUUGUUCUUGUUAUCUCAGUGCCUGUCAUGUAUUAGAUUUUGAAGCAGGCAGGCAAGUGAACAGGAAGGAAAGGUGUUGGAAAAAAAUAAAAGAAAAAUGGGAAAAAGAAAAGGUUGCUCUUUCAUGUGAUUAAAGGUGACUUUAGGGGACUCUUUUGUCUCAUUUUGUGGUUUCUUUUAGGUGGGCAUGAAUGGGUAAGGGC